CGCGCGCGGAAGAGAAAGCGAGUGUGCGCGGGCGCCCGGGCGCCCGCGAUCACGGGAGGAGGCUCCGAGCGAGUGGGUCCUGGCGGCGCAGCCCGCUCCUCCGCGCCCUAUGUGAGGGAAUCAGGGAGGCCAGCGGCGCGCAGGGAAGGGCGAUGCAUGUGCUCGGGCCGGGGGUUGCUGCAGCCGCCCGAGGAAGAGGAGGACGGCGGCGGCGGCGAGGAGCAGAGCGCGGGGCUCGCGGCGGCGAGCCCGGGCCGAGGGGAUACAGCGGACUGUGUGUGUCUGGCUGUAGCGGACGCGAGGCGGCGAGGAGGCGCGGGAGACCCGCGAAAGGGACGACGAGGCGGCGGCGGCGGAGACUGCAGCCCUGAAAUGCAUUUUCUCCUCCAGCGGCCAUGUUAACCAGGAAACCUUCGGCCGCCGCUCCCGCCGCCUACCCGACGGGCCAAGGAGGGGACAGCGCCAUUCAUCAGCUUCAGUCUUCCCCCGGGGCUCGGCGCGGGGCCCCUCGGACCGGAGUGGGGACCGGCCCGCCCUCCCCCAUCGCCCUGCCGCCUCUCCGGGCCAGCAACGCUGCCGCCGCAGCCCACACGGUAAGAGAAACUGACAUUCAGAACAGUUGCAUAAUUGACUCAGGGCUCCUCGUUUGGAAAUACCAGAGACAGGGCUUGAAUACAUACAUCCCUGUGGAAUACCAGUGCUGCAAAGACUCGAACUGACUCCUGCUCAACUCAAAUCGUGCCAAAUCACAGUUCAACCCAGAACUGGGGGGUCAUCUCAUGGAAUUCCCAUCCGACAGAGGAUCGGCUGGGACUUAAGGAGACCCCCUCAUGUCUCUAUUCAUUUCUCAAAGGGAAGAUGUGGCCAUUUAAAGGAGAAAGAUCUGGACUUGGCUCUCUUCCUUUUACCAGCCAAGACUGCUCACUCUUCCCCAAGUCUGUUGCCCCUUACUGAGGGGCUGACUCAGAACCCCAACCCUUAGCACAGAGAGGCAGCCACAGCUGGGCCCUGGCCCAGGCCAGCCUUUGUGCCCCACCCUUCAUGCCUGUCUUGGGAACAGUCACCAUCAGCAGACCCCCCACCAUUGCGGGGAGGGUUUAUUGAGCUAUUGCUGGCCUGGCUUGCCCUUAUCAUUCAUGCCUUGCAUCCAAGCCCUGGCCCCAGAUCUGGCAAGAGAGGUCUGGUUUCCAGUUUGAAUGUAGUCUCAUGCUGGUUAGCCCCACUUUCUGGGGAAGCCAUUGACAGUGGCCAGUGAAGACCAUUUCCUGGGCAUUUCUUAUUUCCUUUGUGUUUUUUUUCUCUUCUCUGUCCUCACUGCCUUCCUUGUAUUUGUAAAAAUGCAGAUUCCUAGGCCCCACUCUGAGAGGGUCUGAUUCAGCGAAUGUGGGUUAUCUGUAUUUGGAAGAGCCCCUGGGAGAUCCCAAUGCAGAUGGUCCAGGAACUGAACUUUGGAAGGUUUUGACCUACACGACAAGGUCCAAACUCCUUCGUAUGUAUCUUUGUCUGCUUGGGCUGCCAAAGCUGGGUGGCUUAAA